CUGCUGUGCAUGCUGGCACUCACCUUCCUCUUCUUCGUGGUGGAGGUGGUGGUGAGCCGGGUCACGUCGUCGCUGGCCAUGCUCUCUGACUCCUUCCACAUGCUCUCCGAUGUCAUGGCCCUGGUCGUGGCGCUGGUGGCCGUGCGCUUCGCCCAGCGCACCCGCGCCACCAAGAAGAACACCUUUGGGUGGGUGCGGGCAGAGGUGAUGGGCGCCCUCGUCAAUGCCGUCUUCCUCACCGCCCUCUGCUUCACCAUCCUGCUGGAGGCCAUCGAGCGCUUCACGGAGCCCCACGAGAUCCAGCAGCCACUGGUGGUCAUCGGUGUGGGGGUGGCGGGGCUCAUCAUCAACCUGCUGGGGCUCUGCCUCUUCAACCACCACGGUGUCGGGGGCCACGGCCAUUCCCACGGCCGUGGGCACUCACACAGCAGCAGGCAGCACUCCCGCAGCAGCCCCAAGCCCGAGCAGCCACCCGGGGAUGGCGAGGCUGCGUUGCACCGGGAGGAGACCAGCACCUUGGUGGAGAACUGCAGCAGCUCCAAUGGAGUCAGCCAGGAGAAGCUAGGUGAUAUGAAAGACGACAUGACUGACCUACAAGUGAAUGGGAACGCUGGUCAUUAUCCUCUGGAUGUAGAGGAGGUUGAAGAAGACUCUAGUGCACAGCUUAACAUGCGUGGAGUUUUUCUGCAUGUUUUUGGAGAUGCCUUAGGUUCAGUUAUUGUGGUCGUGAAUGCCUUGCUCUUUUAUGGGCUGUGGAAUCCAUGCCCCAAAGAUGGGCCCUGCUUUAAUCCGUGUGUCAAUAAUCAUUGCAUGGAAAAUGCUACUUUAUCCCAAACACUUGGCAGAGCAAACAAGUCUGAUCAGGAGAGCAUUACGGUGGCUGGUCCAUGCUGGUUGCUGUAUUUAGAUCCCGUCCUUUGUUUGAUCAUGGUUUGUAUACUCCUUUACACAACCUACCCGUUACUUAGGGAGUCAGCCCUUAUACUUCUACAGACUGUUCCCAAACAAAUAGAUGUUCAUUCUUUGAACUCAAAGUUACGUACCCUUGAUGGAGUUGAAGCAGUCCACGAAUUACACAUUUGGCAGCUAGCAGGCAGUAGGAUCAUUGGCACUGCUCACAUAAAGUGUCCCGACCCUUCCACAUACAUGAUGGUGGCAAAGCGCAUAAAAGAGAUCUUCCAUGACGAAGGGAUUCAUGCAACUACCAUUCAGCCUGAGUUUGCCAGCGUCGGCUCUGAAUCAGGGAGAGGGAAAUGUGAGUUUCCUUGCAGGACUCAGUGUGCUUUGAAGCAGUGUUGUGGAACGGCAGAAGAUACUACUACAAAGAAGACAGAAAAAUCUUCGUCGCUUAGUAUUUCUUGUUCAGAAGUUGUCAUUGAAUUUCCGAAAACUAGGAGGACUAAGUCGGAGAGUAUCCCUUCGGUUAAGCUAGAGGCAAACACCGAUCAAAACGAGCAGUUUGAGUCAUCUUUGUAACUCCCUGAAUGGUGCUACCUGAGUUUUGGUGACUUUGACAACAGCUAUAUUGCAAGAGGAAGAGACAGACGUUUGAGAUGCAAUUUUGCCAAGUAGUGUAACUGCUGAAGUCCUUGUUCUUGUCAUACUGCUAAAUCUAGAAUGCUUGUUUUAAAGAACAUAAUGUCACUGUCAUGAUACAAUGUGUUUGUGUUGACUUUGUACUGAGGCAGACAGAAAGUGCACCGUGCUGUAACAACUUCAGAAAACCAGUUUCCACAUUUCAGCGGAGACACUUUUUGCUGUGCUUCAAAUUAAAAUAUUUUUUCCAGUGAAAAGGUAUUUGAGGGAUAAGCAUGUAAGAACUCAAUUUGUGUUACAGAUUUCAUGGACCUACUCUUUCCUUUAAUAUUUGAUUUGUAGAUAUUUUAAUAUAUUGUUUAUUUAGAAGCCCUAAGGAAACCAAAGUUCAUAGAACAUUUUUAAAGAUAUAACUACUUAAAACUGGAAACCACUUUGCAGUUUCACGUAUUUUUCUUAAACCUACAUAAUAAUAAAUGUGAAGGCUUUUCUAAUGAAUUUCUUGUAUAGCAUAUUUUAAAGAGAACAUCAUGUGAUUGUUAGAAACUGUCCCCGCCUUUUUUGGUAAGGUAGCGAGGUAAUUAGAAUCAACUGCUUGUGAAAAUAUCAGAUGUGAAAAGGUUUUUUUUCUAUCAGAAAGGAAGUUCAAGCUACUGUAUACUACUCUGUGAUCAAGACGUGAGACUGACCGACAAAGUAACACAUACUUU